AUGGUCUACUACGUUCAAUUCUUAAAGACCCCGAGGGUUCAGCAGAAAAAAGGCACACUUUUUAUUACCGCGCUUAUUUGCAUCACUACAGACCUGGGAGAUGAUUUUCUCGCCGAAGAUGUUGAAUUACUUGUUUCUUCAACCCACAAAUCUCCAGGAAUCGAACAAAAAGUUACAUGGAAUGCCGGAAAUCGUGAACUGGCCAUCAACUUGGGGCCCCUCCCUUCAGCUUGGGUUCAGCAAUCCAUGGAGCUGAGCGCCAAACUUCAGCCCGAGGCCACUGGGGAUAAACCGCUAGUGCCAUUAGUUAUGGCUGCCACAAGUGCACCAUUUGGGCUCAAGUUGCCUGCGGAAAAGCUGGUUCGCAGAGAUGGACCUAUCAAGGGCUUGAGUAUCUGGGAGGAAACUGGAAAUAGCAUUGCGCGACACAUAUGGGACGCGGGCCUCGCAUCAGUGAUAUACUUGCAGAAGACCCUGGAUGAUAUGAAAGCAACAAAUGGCAAGCAAAAACACAAACAAAGCCAGUCAACAAUACCCGCCUUGACUAGACUUUUAUCAACUCUUCGCAGCUCACCCCUCCAAGUGGUUGAAUUAGGGGCAGGAUGUGGGAUAGUAGGCAUUGCCUUGGCAAGCAUGCUGCCCAACUGCUCAGUCUUACUCACGGACCUCCCCGAGGUCGAGUCGAUAAUAACACGAAACAUUGAAGAGGCUCAGACGGCGCCACAAUCCAGUGUUGAAUAUCAAAACCUCGACUGGGACAGCCCCCCAGAUGACCUCUGCAGCCGGCCCAUUGAAUUAAUACUGGUAUCGGAUUGCACCUACAACGCAGAUAGCUUACCCGCACUAGUCAAUGUGCUUGACCGAUUGGUUCGGACAUCCCCGAAUGCAAUUAUCCUGGUGGCUUUGAAAAGACGACACGACAGCGAGACUGCCUUUUUUGAUCUGAUGGGGUCUGCAGGGUUUACAGCUGUGAAGGAUAGCAUGCAGCUCCCCUCGCAGCAUGACCAGGUAGAUGAGAUCCAGUUUUAUUGCUACAGUCGCACAACAGAAGGCAAGGAAUAA